AUGGAGGCCUAUCGCAAACAAUCAAAAGAGGCCUUGGAAUUGUUGUGCCAAGAAAAGAAUUUACCAACUUUUGGCAAAAAUAAGGCACAACUUAUUGCUGACCUUGUGGAGGCUGACAGCCAUAUUUUCCAGCCAGAGACGGACACUGAAAGGGUUACCGAGCUCCCUACUACUGCAGGAGUGUUGCUUACUGAAAUGCCUGGUGGUUGUACCCCUCAAAACAUUAAGGACAUUUGCUCAACUGAUUUAUUUCGGCAACUGAUGGCUGCAAAUCCUCAGGAGGCCCUGCAUGUGAUGAUCCAACAGCAGGCUGCAGAAAGGGAAUCUGCAGAAAGGGAGGCACAAAGGAGACAUGAGCUGGAACUUGCUAAACUGCAAUUUACCCUUCAGUCCUCACUGAACAGCAAUGCAUCAGAGUCCAGCACACGUAGGCUCCGUAAGGAUGAUUUUCCUUCCCUCGAAGAAGGGACAGAUUUGGAUGUAUUUUUUAAAAGUUUUGAGAAAGUAUGCAGGCAGCAUCAACUACCCUCAGACCAGUGGGGCAGAUAUUUAACUCCACAAUUGAAAGGGAAAGCCUUGGAUGUGUUUGUGUCCCUUCCCCCAGAGACUGAUAACAACUAUGAGGCAAUCAAAUCUGCAUUGCAAAAAACUUUUAACCUUACUCCUGAGUCUUACAGGAAAAAGUUUAGGAGUAUGCAGCAAUGCCCAUCAUCCAGCUGCAUUCUAUAUGUUGCACAAUUAGAAACCACGUUCCGGCAAUGGGUAACAGGAGUACAAGCUACUACCUAUGAAGCCCUUAAUGACUUACUGGUCCUGGAGCAGUUCUUGCAGACCCGGAGCCCUAAUGUACGAGAGUGGAUUUUGGAAAGAAAGCCAAAAAAUGCUAGAGCUGCUGCAGAACUGGCAGACGACUAUGCCGACAUCCAUGCACCCACAUCCAAGCGUGGACUUGUGUCAGCUGCUACUUCGACCUGGAGAGAAGCUACAGUUCAAUCACCACCUGUAAGAUCUGCAGUGAGAACUUCACCACCGACUGCCAGCGUAGCCAGGGCUAUAUCAAGUGAGUCAGAUGCCCGCCGUUGUUUUCGAUGCAACCAGAUUGGUCAUCUGAGCAGGACUUGCCCCACUAGGAAUAUACCCUCACCAGCCCGUGGAGAGGCACCAUCAGUUUUGCUUGUGGGUGGGUCUGUGGGGAAACGAGAGGAUAACCUGCAGAGUGUAAUUGUGGGUGACCAAGUGACCGUGGGACUGAGAGAUUCUGGAGCUUCAUUCACCCUGGUGCGCCCUGAAGUGGUGAAUACGGAGGACAUAAUCCCUGGAAGAACCAUGUCCAUCAAAGGAAUUGGGGGUGUGCGUCCCGCUGUGCCCCUGGCAUGUGUGUACCUUGAUUGGGGUGCAGGCAAAGGUUUGCGGGAAGUGGGGGUUUCGGAGGAUAUCCCUGUUAAUGUUCUGUUGGGGAAUGAUUUGGGCAGGAUGCUCUGCCACUAUGCUCCAGAGGACACUGUUUGUGAGCCAGGACUGACUGCUCCACCUAAGGUAUUGUGUGAAACUUUGGGAGACAUUGUGAAGUGUGAUUGCUGGGAGGGAGAGCAGGGUGUGGAUAAAUAUCUACCUGUAACUGAACCAGUGAUGUCUACCAAAUGUAAUAUAGGGGAGAGUAGUGAUGUGCCUGUAUCAAAAUACUGUGAGGCUGGGAUGUCAGAGAGUAAGGGGGAGGAGGAAGGUGAAAGCCAGGGAUGUGUACCCCUGGUGGCAGUAGUAACACAUCAGCAGUGUGCCAGAGCUGCAGCGGUAGAACAGGCAGAGAAUGGUGUAGACCCUAUCCCACCCCUUGAGGCUCUGCCAAAGGGAGCAGUACCUUCUUGUGCAGCAUGGUGGGGAGAGGGCAAUAAGAGUUUCCUGGAAGCUCUGCGCAGUGACCCCUCCUUGGAAGGGCUGAGACACCGCGCUGAACAACCAGGCACUGACACAGAUAGGCACAGUGUAUAUUGGGAUAAUAAUAUAUUGUACUGGGAAUCCCUUCCUGUCAAUAUACAGGGGACCAGGGAGGGAGAAAGACGACUAGUGGUUCCUAGGAAGUUCAGGGGUGAGCUGCUGAGGUUAGCCCACGAAACCCCUUUGGCAGGACACCUAGGGGUAACCAAGACAAAAUCAAGAUUGGCUCACAAUUUCUACUGGCCUGGCAUGGGCACUGCAGUUGCAAAUUACUGCCGGUCCUGCCAUGUCUGCCAGAGAGUGGGCAAAUCUGGGGAUGUUACUCGUGUUCCCUUAGUGCCUCUGCCCAUCAUAACUGUACCCUUUGAACGAGUUGCCGUAGAUAUUGUGGGGCCGUUGGCUAUCCCCAGCAGUACCGGGAAGCAAUUUAUUCUGACAGUGGUGGAUUAUGCAACCAGAUAUCCUGAAGCCAUCGCCUUAUCCUCUAUCAGGGCAGAUAAGGUAGCGGACGCUCUGAUCAGUAUAUUUUGCAGGGUGGGUUUCCCUAAAGAAAUGCUCACUGAUCGAGGUAUGCAGUUUAUGUCUAAUCUGAUGCAGAGUCUCUGUAAGAAGGUUAAUGUACAGCACUUGGUAGCAAGCCCUUACCAUCCCCAAACCAAUGGUCUCUGUGAGAGGUUUAAUGGGACCUUGAAACAGAUGCUCAAAACAUUUGUAGAAUCACAGGGCCGGGAAUGGGAGAAGUAUUUACCCCAUUUACUAUUUGCUUACAGGGAGGUACCACAGGAAUCCACAGGAAUCCACAGGUUUUUCACCCUUUGAAUUACUCUAUGGACGCAAAGUGCGGGGACCCCUAGAUUUAGUAAGGGAAGAAUGGGAGGGGAGGCUACACACUCCAGAAACUUCUGUGGUGGAAUACGUUCUUAAGUUUAGGGACAGGAUGCAGACAUUGACAGGGCUAGUGCAUGACAAUCUUACAGCAGCGCAGUCUAGGCAGAAAUAUUGGUAUGAUCGCAAUGCUAGGGACCGGGUCUAUGAAGUGGGACAAAAGGUCAUGGUUUUGAACCCCAUAAGACAAAAUAAGUUGCAGGCUGCCUGGGAGGGUCCCUUCCUCAUUUUGCAGCGUUUAGAACCCACCACCUACGUAGUAGCCCUCGAUGAAAAGGGUGAGAGGCAGAGGCAGUAUCAUAUUAACAUGUUAAAGGAAUAUUAUGACCCAGAGAAUUUGGUACUCAGUGUAUGUAGUUCACCAGAGGAAGAACUAGGUAAUGAUCCUUUGCUGGAUCUGGUACAGGAAGCUAAAGGCCAGGAAUCCCUACAAGAUACAAAAAUCAACCCAGAGCUCUCAGCUGAACAGAAGAGGCAGCUACAUCAGGUACUAGGCCUCUUUAGUGACACAUUUACCGGGCAGCCAGGACGAACCACACUAGCCACCCACCACGUAGAUACUGAUGGCCAACCACCACUACGACAGGUAGCCUACGGGUAUCCCCAGAGGUAAGGGCCCACAUCCAUAAGGAGAUUGAAGACAUGUUGGGUCUUGGGGUAAUUAGGAAAUCAAAGAGCCCCUGGGCUUCUCCUGUAGUGCUGGUUCCCAAGAAAGAUAAAUCCAUCAGGUUUUGUGUAGACUAUAGAAGGUUAAAUGCAGUGACCACAUUUGAUGCUUACCCCAUGCCCAGGAUAGAUGAACUACUGGAUCAGUUAGCAGGUGCUCAGUAUUUAACUAUUAUGGAUUUGAGUCGAGGGUACUGGCAAAUCCCUCUGACUCCAGAAGCCCAAGAGCGGUCAGCCUUUAUCACUCCUUUUGGGUUGUAUGAGUUCAGUGUGAUGCCUUUUGGGAUGAAAAAUGCCCCGGCCACUUUUCAGCGAUUGGUUAAUCAAUUAUUGGAGACCCAUGAGGAAUACGCCGUGGCAUACCUGGAUGACAUUGCCGUAUUUAGCAAGACCUGGGAGGAGCACUUGGUUCAUUUGGGCAAAGUAGUGGAGCAAAUAAGAGGGGCAGGGCUCACCAUCAAACCAGAAAAGUGUCAGAUAGGCAUGACAGAGGUGCAGUAUCUGGGGCACAGAGUAGGAGGGGGGUCCAUUCGCCCUGAACCCAGUAAGGUGGAAUCUAUUACGGCCUGGCCAGUCCCUAAGACCAAGAAACAGGUCAUGUCAUUUUUGGGGACAGCAGGGUAUUAUCGCAGAUUUGUCCCAGACUACAGUGAGACAGCCAAACCACUCACAGAUUUAACUAAAAAGAAAGUAUCCAAGCAGAUAACGUGGACUGAGGACUGUGAAAAAGCCUUCACUGCCUUAAAGACAGCCUUGUCUAGCUUCCCAGUCCUUCAGGCCCCAGAUUUUAGUAAGAGGUUUGUGGUCCAGACAGAUGCUUCCAACUUUGGGCUGGGAGCUGUGCUUAGCCAGGUUAACUCUAAAGGAGAAGAGCAUCCUAUCCUCUACCUUAGUAGGAAGCUGUUACCCAGGGAGGUGGCCUAUGCAGUAAUAGAAAAGGAGUGUCUAGCUGUUGUAUGGGCUUUGCAGAAAUUACAGCCAUAUCUGUACGGCCGAGACUUUACUGUCAUCACUGAUCACAACCCGCUGCAUUGGCUGGACAGAGUAUCAGGUAACAAUGGUAAGCUGCUCCGUUGGAGCCUCAUCCUCCAACAGUAUAAUUUCACUGUCCAACACAAAAAGGGCAGCUUGCAUGGGAAUGCAGAUGGCCUGUCUCGGCAACUAGAGGGUUAAUGGUAGACAGAUAAAUCAGCCUGUGGGUGCAUUUUUCUGUCCACCAUCUUAAGGGGGAGGUGUCAUGCCAAAGGCAUGAGUUGGUGUUUGAUGUGUGUUUAUAUAUGUUAAGAGUUGUUUUUUGUAAACCUUGGGAUGACAUUUAUUGUGGUCUUUGAUCUUGCACCAGGCCUAGACCAUAAAACAUCUAGAUAGCCAUCACCAGAGCUGGACACAAGGAAUUUCAUAGAGUGGGCAAUAGACUGCCAGACCAGCCCCCUCUGAUCCCCCCCAGGGGUCUGCCCACUGAGAAACAACUAGUUUAGAUAUAUGAGGGUGUUGGACUAUCCAGGGAAGUCAGUUAUUCAAUUUUUCUUUUGUCAGUAACUUCUAGGAGAUCUAUACCAUCUAAGACUCCCACAAGAAUUCUAUAUGGGGUAAAUAUAUGUAAGGAAUUUCUUGUGUUUUCUCCUAUUUUAUUUUAUGUACUGUUUUGCAAUUUGUUAUCUGUAUGUCAUUUAUUUCUGUAUUUUGUACUCAGCACUGUGAAUCCUUUUUGUCAGAUUAAAUGUUUACUUAAUCAGCUUGUGUCUCUGUUCUCUAUGAGCUUCACUCUCCAGAGGAAAGCUCAGGUAAACACGUUACCAAAAGGGGUUAACUAUAUAUGUUUUAUCAGUAAAAGUAGAACUGUGAUACUAUAAUUCUCCUGUGUGUGGGGUAACCUAAGACGCCCGGGUUUAAAAGUUUUGGUGGUGGCAGUAGUACUAAGGGGGAUAGUGUAGAAGGGAUUGCAGGGGUUAAUUGAGUGGUUGCUGGGACUAGCAACAGGUAACCAGGGGUCUGGUGUCAUUAACCCUGUCACUUCCACACUCUCCCCACUGUCUCGGCUGGGCCUAUAGCCCACGCACGUGACAGAGUGUUUGUCAGUGAGUGAGUGUCUGCCUGUGUGUGUCAGUGAGUGAGUGUGUGUCAGUGAGUGAGUGUGUGUCAGGGAGUGAGUGAGUGUCUGUCAGGGAGUGAGUGAGUGUCUGUCAGGGAGUGAGUGAGUGUCUGUCAGGGAGGGAGUGUGUGUCUGUCAGGGAGGGAGUGUGUGUCUGUCAGGGAGGGAGUGUGUGUCUGUCAGGGAGGGAGUGUGUGUCUGUCAGGGAGGGUGUGUCUGUCAGGGAGUGUGUGUCUGUCAGGGAGUGUGUGUCUGUCAGGGAGUGUGUGUCUGUCAGGGAGUGAGUAUGGGUAUCAGUGAAUGUGUGUCUGUCUGUCAUUGAGUGAGUGUAUGUCAGUGAAUAAGUUUAUGCCUGCCAGUGAGUGUCUGAGUAAAUGUAUGUCUGUCUGUCAGUGUGUGUGUGUGUGUAUGUCUGUCUGUCAGUGAGAGUCUGUGUGUGUGUAAGUGAGAGAAUGUCUGUCAGUGAGUUUCUGUGUGUCAUUGAGUGUGUAUGUGUGUCAGUGUGUGUAUGUCUGUCAGUGAGUGAGUGACACGAAGGGGCGGUAAAAUGGAUCUUUGCCUAGGGCGGCAGAAAUCCUGCCCACACAUCAACAAUGCCUCCAGUGUACAAGUUUAAUUGUGUUUUUGAAAAUUGCAGGGUCAACCAUGGGCUUACUCCUUUAAAUUUUUACAUAUUGAGAUUUGCCAGAUUGGUUUUCUAGGCCUAUGUUGCCUUUGAGACCAUAAGCCUAAGAAAGAAAAUGAUUUCUCUCAUGGCAUACCAUAUGCAGAGGUAGACAACCCAGGAUAUUAAAAAUAGGGUAUGUUCAAUCUUUUAUGGUAACCACUCAGUCACAAACCUUGGCCAAAGUUAGUGUUCAUGACAGCUUUUUGCAUUUUUCACACAACAAUUGUUUAUCAGGGUUGGACUGGGAACAAAAAACUGGACCUGGGCAUUUAAAGACAGAGCAGCCCAGCAGAAGGGGGCAGGGACAGGGAUGGGUCAUGAACAUGUUAGUUUGCUGUCUCUCCAGGACAUCAUUUAAUGCGGAAGAGCACUUGCAUGGAAACAAUGCUCCAUGUUCUACACAGCACAAGCAAAAUUCAAUCAUACAAUUGCAGUGUGUUUGCUGCUUACUCCCCUUGUGCGUAGAGAUGAUUGUAGUGUUGUGUGUGUAAAGUAGUCUGUUUGUGGUGUAGUAUGUGUGGUUAGGGACUGUAGUGUUUAUGUCUUUCCAGUGGCUGUAAAGUGUGCAUGUUUAGGGGUUGUAGAGAUUGUGUGUCUGUAUCUCUAGGGGAGAGAGCAUGUGUGUGCAUUUGCCUAUGGGAUGUAGUGUUUCUAGAGGGUGUAAUGUAUGUAUAGGGACUGUAGUGUGCAUGUUAAUGAAUAUGGAAUGUAGUUUGUGUAUAGGUGAUGUAAAGUGUGUAUAUAUAUAUUGCAGCUCUAGUGUGUGUAGGGUAGUGUGCAUUUGUAUUCAGGCUGUUGUGUAUGUAUUAGGACUUCAGUGUUUGUAUGUACAAGGGCGGAAGUGUAUGUGUGUGUUUCUAGGGGCUGUAGAGAGUGAGUUUGUGUCAGGAGGAUGCAAUUGCCAUUCAACACACGUGUAAGGACCUCAAACUACACACAAAAUCUUGUAAAAAUAGAGUAAACCUAGUGGACUUAAAGCACAAAAACUGAACACAGUGGAGCGCUAAAACAUAUGUAAAAAAAUUACACUUGCCCUCCAAAAUAUAGAGGGUUAUAUAUUAGAACAAUAUUUCUAAAAAAGAAAAUAUAGCAAAGAAAUGGUGUAGUACAUAUUGUGGCAGGAUGGACAGGGUCUUGACAAUAAACUUUAAAUACAAGCGUCAGGAUAAAAUAGUGUUGCAGUUUAUUUGCACUUUCCAUAGGUUAUACAGUGCUGUGCUUCACAGAAAUAAAUAAAAGAAAAUAAAUCCUACUCCAACUUGGAGACUUAAAGGGAAACUCCAGUGCCAGGAAAACAAUCCGUUUUCCUGGCACUGCAGGUUCCCUCUCCCUCCCACCCCCCAAUCCCCGGUUGCUGAAGGGGUGAAAACACCUUCAGUAACUUACCAGAGGCAGCGACGAUGUCUCGCGUCGCUGCUUCUUCCUCCGCCGCCGCUCCUCCCUCUGAUUGCGUUGGCCGGUGGGCUAGACUAAUCCCGCCCACCGGGGAGACUUAAUACGAAUGUGCGGCAAUGCAUUUGUAUGGGGAAUUUCAAUGCUUUCCUAUGGGGAAUUGAGCGACACUGGAGGUCCUCACAGAGCGUGAGGACGUCCAGCGACGCUCUAGCACAGGUUUCCUGUGCUAGAAACCAGGAAGUGCCCUCUAGUGGCUGUCUAGUAGACAGCCACUAGAGGUGGAGUUAAUCCUGCAAGGUAAUUAUUGCAGUUUAUAAAAAAAACUGCAAUAAUUACACUUGCAGGGUUAAGAGCAGUGGGAGUUGGCACUCAGACCACUCCAAUGGGCAGAAGUGGUCUGGGUGCCUGGAGUGUCCCUUUAACAAUAGUAGUCCUAACUAUUCAACUGGCCAGUGAAUCCAUGUCCUAGUUUUAAACAGUUUAACCACAGCACUUUAAACAUACAGGGUUUUAUACAGUACCUUUUAUAUAGUAUCUUUUCCUUUAGAGUCUCAGAGUAUUAGUCUUAACUGCUUCCUUUCGUCCCGCUGUUAGACUUACUGAUGCCUUCAGGCUUUUAUAGCACUAGGGCAGGUUAAUUACUUUCACCUGAAAAGGGCUGACUUCCACCAAUUAACCCUAUCAUGCUGAAAAUAAAGAGCGCUCCAACCUGUUACUAACAUAGAAAGCCUCUCUGACCCUGCCACAAUAUGUUUACACCCUGUUCAAAAUGAUUAUGCAAGUUAUAUUUUUUUCAUUUACCUAAAUAAUUGAUGUAAAUAACAUUUAGCAUAAUUCUCAUGUUAUCAACUAUUAAGAGUACAAUUCAAAUUUUAUUGAACAAACCUAAUGAUAACAGUAUUUUUUUUAAACAUAAAAAACUUACAAAGCACUCUUCCAAAUUAUUACACACAGUAAGUUUCAAAACACUUUAUAGGUUGUAAAGAACUGAAAAUUGUUAUUUGUUGUGUUUGCAGCAUAUUUACUGAAAUCAAAAGCUAUUUCAAUCAAACUUAUAACAACAUUUUAACUUUUUUAACAUUUUAACAGGUCACGUUACAUUUUAACAUAGGACCCCUUAUUUGAUAGCAGCUUCACAAGUCUUCAAUCCAUUGAACUUGUGAGUUUAUGGACAGUUUCUGCUUGAAUUUGUUUUGCAAUAUGUCAGAAUAGCCUCCCAGAGCUGCUGUUUGGAUGUAAACUGCCUCCCACCCUCAUAAAUCUUUUGCUUGAGGAUGCUCCAAAGGUUCUCAAUAGGAUUGAGGUCAGGGGAGGAUGGAGGCCACACCAUGACUUUCUCUCCUUUUAUCCCCAUAGCAGCCAUUGAUGCAGAGGUAUUCUUUGCAGCAUGAGAUGGUGCAUUGUCAUGCAUGAAGAUGAUUUUAUUACGGAAAGCAUAGUUCUUCCUUCUGAACCAUGGAAGAAAGUGGUCAGUCAGAAACUCCACAUACUUUGCACAGGUCAUCUUUACACCUUCGGGGACCCUAAAGGGGCCGACCAGCUCUCUUCCCAUGAUUCCGGCCCAAAACAUGACUCCACCACCGCCUUGCUGACGUUGCAGCCUUGUUGGAACAGGGUGGCCGUCCAUCAACCAUCCACUACUCCAUCCAUCUGAACUAGCCAGGGCUGCAUGGCACUCAUCAGUGAACAGGACUGUUUGAAAAUUAGUCUUCAUGUAUUUUUCUGCCCAAUGCAGCCAUUUCUGCUUGUGAGCAUUGGUUAGUGGUGGCCGAAUAGCAACUGUAAGUAGGUCUAAUGUUAUUUACUUAUCCUACUUUUACAUACGUACUGUACCAUUGGUAUACAUCCUUAUUUUUUUCAUAUGAUGAACUGCACUACCUUGGGAAUCUGAUACCAGCAAAAAGAAAUCCUUAGAGGGGGAUUGUUCCAUCCAGUCUCCUAAAAUAGAGCUUUUAAAGCUCUGGAAAAUGUGAGUGCCCCUUUGGAAUAUAUCUUUAUCACCAUAUUAUUCAUAACAUACUGCACUAUUAUUGUACUUUUAUUUCCUUUUUUUAAGAGUAAGAAACAUAAUUGCGAAAUCUGCUGCUACCUUUGUGUGUAUGAUUUUAUUAUAAUAAUUCUUAGCGCUGUCCACCUAAUUUACUAGCUUGUUUAGUACCCACCAUGUACAGGUUUCAUGAGGUGUUAGAAUGUUACAGGGUAAAUAUAGAACUUUCAAAUUAAAUUCUCUGAUAUUUCUGCCUGGGUUGUCAGGCAGGUACUCCAACAUAGAAUUAAUAAAAUAAUAUAAUUAUACAUAUAUAUAUACAUAAUAUGUAAAAUACAUUUGGAAUAAAACAUUUUAUAUGUCUAUCUUUCUAUAUGUAUUAAGGCCGUUUGGCCUGUUUGGCCUAUAUAAGGGACACCCCCUACCUGACUCCAUAUCGCUUGAGGUCAGCAUUAGAAUGAUUUCCACUUCUGGGUCAUCCAGAUGCCAUUUUACCUGGUUACUCCAUGAGGCUUUCUAAGCUGAGCUGUGUCAGGAAUCCAGCCACAGGCUUUUCCGUCUGACCAGCUUCAUUCUUCAAUCCAUUGCCACGGAUAGCGUCCAAGUGACUCUCAAACCGUAAGUUGACCUACCCGUUACGCCAGGCAUCAGUCCCACGGCAUCAUGCAUGGGUCAGGUCCUCACUUUACAGCUACAUUCAUCUAAGUCUGUUCUAAAACCAUUGCAUAUUCAUGCAUAUCAUUUGUUUAAACUCACUUGUUUAUAUCUGUCUCUGGCUCAUUUCUAGCAUUAGCGUACUCCUGAACGGGAACAUGUUCUGUUUCAUUGCCUAACAUACUAGGCUUGUUUUGUUUUGUUUCCCUGACAUACCAGGCUCACUAUUUGUGCAAUUUCUACCGAACAGGAACUAGUUCAUCCAUUUACUAUGGUACUAAACACACGUUUUGUGUUUUAAAACCCACGAACAGAACACUGGUUUGUUACAAUGACUGUUAUUAGGCUAUUAUGUUCACAUAUGGUAUAUUGUCAUCAUACAUCCAUUAAGCUGGGGCAUAGCUCACGAACAAGUGUUCACAUAACCACACUGACCCCUACAGGUCACUCUUAAAAUCUCAGGUCAACCUUGCAUUUUGCAUUAAGGGGAAUUUCACCAUACAACCAGCAUUUCUGACCCCUACUGGUCAAAAGCAACAGCUGUCUUCACAUGUCAUAUACAAUUUUACAGCCAAUAUAAAAUUACACACAAGAUUGUUUUAAACAUAACCAUAUACCAUACAUUAAACUCCCGCACGGGCUCAACUUCAUGUUAAUUCACAAUAAUUGACAGUUCACAUCAAGAACAACAGUGGUUCUACUGAUACUGCCACCUACAAGUCUGUCAAAUACAUUGACAAUUUUCAUGGGGUUUUACAAACACCAAAACACUGACCCCUAUAGGUCAAAAGACAAACAACAUUUCAAAUACCAAUCAGUAUCCAACUACACUGCCACCUAUAGGGCACUCGACAGAUCUCAAGUGCACUUACAUUUUGCAACACCAUGAUUCACUGACCCCUUCCAGUCAAUAAGACAUACAGCAAAUCACAUAGCAAAUAGUAUAUCAACAUCUGGUAUAAAUACACAUAUUAUUACAUAGUAGCAGACACAUCUGCAUAUAUGUAACCGGUAAUAUAGUUCACAAACACAUUUUUACACAGCACGCUGCUCACACAACAGACUUUCCCCUAUCAAGGGGACAUACAACAUACAAGGUGGGGCCAGGCCACUUUAUCACUUAUACAUAUGGCACUUAAUGGGUUAAGAUUGAUACAUAUUUAACCAGUAUAGCUACGAUGUUUAAUAUUUACACAUCACUGUACUUUACUUUUCACAUAUACUGCACAUAUUAGGAUAAGCUUGGUCUAUGCCAUAUUUCCUUAUGCCAUACGAUUUUAUCCAUUUAGGUUACAGGUUCUACUAAAAAACCUAUUUGGAUUGUCAGGUUCAAUACCAUACUACCUGGUACGUACACCUGCUCACGUAGUUAUUCAUAUCUUACCUUCCCUGGAAUAGUAAUAGCGUACUGGCAAUUAGGGUUCUAGGGUCCAUAGGUAUACCCCCCGCCUUUUAUUCUCUACAUUACGCUUCGGUUAGUGGUCCCGCGAGGCCAACACCCCGCCUCACACUUGGAGGCAUACACCCCUCAGGCCACUCGUGAGCUAGCCGCCUCACAUUGUAUCAUAGAGAGGGCCUCACCUGUCACUCCCCUUCCUAUUUUCUGGUUACUGUCACCGAGAGGCCAACAUCCUGCCACAACGUUCGGUGGCCACAAAAAUCCCCUUGCACCAACGCAAGUAAUGUAGGCAGGAUGUUGGCCUCUCAAGCCACUUGGCAACUAACAGGGCCUCACCAGUCACCAAAAAACAACAAGCCUCAUCAUUUCGCCUUAUGGCUUAGCUAGCAAGCCAGUACAAGACCACUGGGUACAAAUAAUAAUUACUAUCUUUAUUAUUAUUUAAGUAUGUCUCAAGAAGGUGGCGAAGAAUUACCUCUUCCUAGCACCCCGGCUAGAAUUGAUACACCUUCAAGCAGAGGAAAUGUUGCUAGUCCAGCAUCAAUCAGAUCCUGGACAAUCCCACACAUUACCACUGACCUAAGGAGGCGACAAAUCCCCUACCCUGCCUCAGCAAAGAAAGCAGAGUUAUUUAAACUCCUCCGCACAUCAACGGACAACACAGAGGCGGGGGAAGUCACCAGCAACACCAACUCAGGUGACACCCAGGCCAUGCUAGCCUCACUUUUGAACUCAUGAGCAAAAAUUAACGACAGUCAAACACCACAGCCCUCACAAGGCUAGGCCUCACACUACUGUACAACCAGCACCAACUGAAACUCGGUUACCUGGUACAAUCAACUCUCCUGAAACUCAGCACAUUAACCCUGCACAUAUGAUCCCAGCACACAGUAACAGAGAUGUCCUGGCAGGUAAAAGAUAUCUACUUAACAUCUCUACCAAUGACCAUCCUAGGCCAUGAUAGCAUCACUCAUGAACUCCAUGAGAAAAUUAACGCCAGACUGGCAAAAUCUCGAAUCAGUCACGUCAGCACUCACAAAGGCUGGGCCAUGAUAGCAUCACUCACUCAUACAACCAGCACCAACGAAACUCGGUUACCUGGUUAAAUCAAUUCUUAUGACACUCAAGACGUUAACGCUGCACAUAUGAUCCCAGCACACUGGGAAACAAAGCAUAUAUAUGUAUGACAAUGUAUCUGUCAUGGUCAGAUACAGGGAUUCCAGGUAAAUCUGAGUUGUCUUGGCAUAUGUAGAGAUAUUUAUUUGUGCAGGUACCCUAACAGAAGGGAUUUUGUCCCAACCAAACGGACAAGCACUCUCAGGCUCAAGGUACCAGCACCUCUGGUAGAACGGAGCUAACUACCAGUGACAAUCGGUAUGUAUAGUUGCAGUGCAUAUAGACUGUUGCGUAUAUGUUCAAAUGGUUCAGUGCACAUGACAAACCAUGUGUCCCAAUACUACUUACAAAAAACUUACUCACCAUCUGUAAACAUCAAUGCACUUUUAACACUACUGACUCAUCACCCUUCCAGACUUGUAGUAGAUUUACUAAAGCUCUGGAGUUUCAGAAGGCUCCCAUACAGGUAUCGUAAAUAUACCUUCAGGUAAUAUAGCAUGCCCUCACUUGCAAUCAGCACAACAGAAACAUCGGCUGUAAACACACUCAUAGUCAAGAUUUGCAGAGGUGUUUUUACUUGGGCUUUUCCAAUCUCCACCAUUCACAGCAUGGCGCACAAACACAUUGGUAUUGUAAUGGGGAAAUCUUCCCUUAAACAAAGACUAACUAUAGAUUUAUAGGCACUGUGGCAAACCUAGCCACUUGGACAUUAUUUUGUACUGUCUCUGUAAGGGUUGCCGGUAUGGGUUUCCUAUUGUAUGUUAUAGCGUGUAAUGUAAUGCACUGUUAAUAAUGUAUUGCCCUUUAAAGACAUGAUUUGGGCAUAAUGGAUUUGUGUUGUGCUGCUGCUGGCUCUUUUAAGAACCAUCUGGGGACAUACUGUGGAGUUACUGGGUGGCCACCAUUUCCUGUAUCAGAAGCACAUGGUGAGAACAAUGGAUGGCGGCCAUUUUAACUCCCAGACACUGUUUGGACUUUUCAACACGGUGCCAUCUCGCCAGUAUUUGUUGCACAGAGACAUCGUGCGGUGGUUUUGGACUAUACAGCAGGGGACACAUUAUACAGUGAUUGUUUUUUAUUUAGCCUGUAUAUGUUCUGCAGAAUCUGCAUUAAACUGUAUUUUCCAAAGUACUGAACGGAUUUGGGUGAAUUUUGGCUAUGUGGUUCACCCAGAUCCCCCAGUUCCAAGGAUAUACGUUUUAUGGGGUUAUUCCAUGUUUUGGGGUCCCUGUGAUGUGUUUUAUGAAACUGUAUUUCUCUGGCUGUGAUAAUUAGAUUACCCAUUGUGUUCAGUAAUCAUAUCACAGCCAGAGGGGAGGAUUUUGUGUGGGAGUGUCUGUGUGUAUUGUAUGGAUUGAUUGGCUGUUUUGUAACGCCCUGUGGGCUGUACUAUGUUUGUGGAUUGGGAAUAAAAGAGACUGUAUGUGACAGUACAGGGAGUUCCUGUUUUAACAAUCAAAGUGAAGUAUCGUCUCAUUAUUGGGGGAAGGAUUUAUUGUGUGCUGUUCCAGUUUGACUGCUUGGAGAGUAAACCUAUUCGUAUGGUUCCUAUUCAACUGUCUACAGCAUUCAUAUGCUUGAGAGAAGGUAUACGCUUCUCUGGUUCGGUGAUUGUGGCGUCUGCUGCAGUGCUUGGAGUCCUCAGGAAGCGCUAGGAGCAUCUUUCAACGGAGGUACCCAGUCGGGGUGCCAGGCGAUCCGUUACAGGCACCACAAACCUCUGUUAUCCAAAGUCUCAACUCCCUCACACCCUCCGAGGAGUUUCCUCCACUCAAGCAUGGGAUGAAGCUUGGUUAAGUAAGACCAGUAUCAUCAACACAUUCAACGGCUACCAUCUACCCUACACACUGGCACUUACAUGGCAUAAAAUGGGCAGGCAUUUACUAAUCCUUUCCCCGCUCAACUUUCGGGCUACAAAUUAGCCAACUCUCGAUAUUCACAGAUACUCUGUGCUGAUUAUGAUAACAUAUCCAGGGGCCUUACAGUCAUACACUAUCUAGAUGACUUCUUGUUAAUCAAGGAUAACACCUUUUUCACUAGAAGCCUCACAGAAGCUUAGUCUGGUGGACCACUUGGGCAUCCCAGUACCCCAUAAGAAACAGAAGGCCCAGACAAUAUCAUGACAUUACUGGGCAUACGACUUGAUUCAGUAUCCAUACGCGCAAGUUACCACAAGACAGAUAGAGAACAUUCUCAACUACAUCACUACUUCCUGCUCAGUACUUGCAACCACAAGGAACUACAAUCCCUACCAGGUUCCUUAAUUUUGCCAUGCGAAUCAUACCAAAAAGACCACACUUUCACAUCCAGACUACUUCCCCCUUUUUUCACACUUCCAUCAUGACGAUCAGAGGAUGUCCCUAGAUACCCUAUCCACAGCAGACCUGCACAGGGGGAGAAAUUUCUUGGCCACUUGGCAUGGUAAAAGCAUGUUCCUCCCGGGGUUGUCCGACACUCCUCCAACCAGAUGGUCAGACGCGGCGUCUAUCACGGGUUUGGCAGCAAUCUACCAGGAACGAUGGCUUUGGAGCAGUUGACCAUGGCAUCCAGGUUUGUAACUUUUCACCACCUCAGCACCUUUUGGAGAUCUACCCCAUUGUAGCAGCUGCUGUGGCAUGGGGUCAAUCAUAGUCAGGGUCAUCAAUCCGUUGUUACUCAGACAACUAAGCACAUGUCAUAUCAUCAACAAAACCACUCAUCAUACAUACGAUCAUGAUAUUUCUAGGGAACUCACUUGGUUUCUUUUAUGUACCAGGCGGUGGCAACAUACCUGCCGACAAUUGUCUCAUUUAUAUUCCAGGCAUGUUCAUCAUACGCUUCCUACAGCCGCUCAUACAGUCACGGACACUUUUUAGUUCCAGGGACUAAAUCAUGGAUUAGACAUACUCAUGCAGCAUAGCAUGCACUAUCCCACUUAACACUUUUGUCCCAUACUUGUAAAACGCAUGACACAGCUUUCACCUUGCUUAAAGAUUCUUAUUGGAACACGACAUAUCUCAACCAAUGUCAUAACAUCUCUCCUAGGUUUUGCUUCUUUUUUGCCAUCUUAAACAGGAACUCUCACACACACCAUUAAAUUAUAUAUUUUACAGGCAUUUAACAACACAUGCUAACCUUAUUGCCAACACUACCAUAACUUCAUUCCAUCAUACCAGACAAGAAUAUACUCAGAGGUUUUCAGGAAUCCAUCCCCCCACGUUCCUCUCAGAGAUUACCAACAGCCAUCCAAAUUUUCCAUCCUUAUCUGACCUAUUAGAUCUACAACCGUUUAAUUAAUCUACCAAUUUGGCCAUUACCGGCCAUGUACAUAGCCUUCCAUGCCUUUCUCAGGCCAAGAGAAUCCACUACCAUCACCACUAUUCUGUCAGGAUUACUGUUUGAUCCAGCACGUAGAACUGUACAGCACGGAUGACAAAUAAGUAACGUAUUACCGGUCCUUAGAAUGGCCGGAUUUAACGUACAAAGAAUAGUCAAAAAUACUAGCCGAGGUCAGGGAACACAGAAAGGGACACAGCGAUGAGGAAAGCCAGGAGUCAGGAUACCAGAAUAUAGAGAAGUCAAUAAACAAAGCCAAAGUCAAAACCAGGUAGAAAACUAUAAACAGGAACGCGCUCUCAGACAACCACAAGGGAAACCACGACAGGGCACUGAGCAGGCUGAGAACUGGGCCUAAAUACCCCUCCUUUAGUUCUGAUAGGCUGUAACCGGCCUUUGACCCCAAAGUCAGUUACCAGGUUUCAUUUGCAUAAUUGCUGCUCAGCAUUAACCCUUCUGUGGAUUAGGUUGCUGCCCGGCACAACUUUUCCUGUGUGGACAGUAAAUGUCAUUAACCACAUUUCUAUAAGCGGAUGAAUAUGUGACAUUACCCCCCACCUGAAGAACGCCCACCGGGCGGACAGGACCAGGCUUGAGAGGAAAUUUAGCGUGAAAGCGCGGAUCUUAUGGCCCGCAUGCAGGUCAGGAGCCGAAACCCAAGAACGAUCAGCAGGAUCGUAACCUUUCCAAACAACCAAGUACUGUAAAGUGCCCCGAGAAAACCUAGAAUCCACGAUAGAAGAUACCUCAUACUCUUCAUGACCACCCACCACCACCGGAGGGGGAGGAACACAAGGAACAAUAUAUCUAUUGCAGACAAGAGGUUUGAGUAAGGACACAUGAAAAGUGUUGGGAAUCCCUAAAGAUGCAGGAAGAGCCAGAGAGUAAGACACUGGAUUGAUCCUACGAAGCACUCUAUAGGGACCAAGGACUCUGGGGGCAAACUGUCAGAGUAUUUAUAUCGGCAGACAUUUUGUGCUAUGAUAGAAACUAAAAGUGUAUAUUCUGAGUCACUCUAAACAGACCAGACUCCAUUUUGUUAUUCCAAGUUAACAAAAAAAAAAAAAGACACAAGAUUUCUUUCUGUAAGACUAGCCACUUUGUCAGAGCUAAAAUGCAUAGCAUAGUAUAAACAAGUGAUAAGAAAGGGGGUUGGACAGACUGUCUAAUGCUAAUGGAAUAUAAUCAAAUCUAAACCCAGACAAUUGUGACAGAGAAGAUUAAAUAAUUAAAUUUUACUGUCUAUAUAUAUAUAAGGUACCAUUGUAUGGAAAAGGGUAAACUUAGUUCAUGAUCUGUGAUAUCAGAAAUUAUGGCAGGAAUUGCAGACGCUAAGUCUGGACAAAAUUUAAGAAACCCUUUGAAAUUUUAAAUUAUGGCACUAUAAAGAUAAGCAAAAUGACGUCAAAAUAGCCACCAGGAAAAGUUAACUCUUUCUGGAUAGGUAUGUUUAGUGGGACAAGACUGCCCUCUAUAGACCAAAUACCUAAAUUGCGAUCUGGAAGAUAACCACACCUCUAGUGCUUCUAUUGGGUUAUCAACUGGUGACGUACAGAGAGUCUGGCCCUUUAAAAGUUAGGACAAAGGGAAGAUUGAGAUAGGCAAGAUGCAAGAGAUACAAGGGAGGCAAGAGAUACAAGGGAGGCAGGAGAUGCAAAGGAGAGGAGAGAGGAAUUGGAAGUUUGGGGAUUCCAACUCGGACAACAUCUGAGACUAACACUCUACUCCUAAAACUCUAACACUUAGAAUUUACUGACUUUCUAACCAACACCUCCAUGCAGAGAGACAUCCAUAAAGUUCCUGAGACUACCAAUCGGAUGAAAUAUCUACUCAACUGGUAAUUAUACUGGUUUCAUUUAAUUAAUUAAAUUAAUUAAAAUGUAUUAAUAGCAUUAUAUAUGACUGGAUAAAGCACGGUCAGAUUUCCAUAUUAAGAAAUCUUAGUUAACUAAAGAAUAUAUAGUUAUAAACAUUCCAUUCUGCAGGUGGAAUUAAGAAUAAUUAUAUAUUUGUGGCGAAACCAACCUCGCCACUGUGCACUGGAGAAGCCUGGUUGCCAGCCUCCUGCCAUCUGACUAUGGCCCCCUUUUAAAAGACUUUAUUUUUGCCUGCAGAAAAGCUGUAUUCGUGCUUUUCUGCCUGGGGUUUGGUAGAUGUGUUUGAAUGUGUUAUACCCCAGAUAGGAAUCCCAUGGAGCCCAUUUGUAUGAAACUGACUGUAAAGACUUUGGCUCCAUGGCGAUUACACUGUAUUCGUGUGGUCUGAGCGCCAUUCACUUAAUAAUGUGCGCUCAGACCUGAGCUAUCUGGGGAUAUGUGAAAUGUCUGUGUGUUAUGUGUAAAAUGUGACUUUAUGUAUUUUAAAGUGUUUUGUGUCUUUUGCAACCAUGUGCUUAAUGGAGUCUUGUGUCUGUCCUGGGAGAUAAUUGAAUUACUUAUCUCCAGGAUAGAAGACUCUGAAACUGGUUUGGGCCAGAAAGCCAUGCUUCAUUUAGUCACAAAAGACUUUUUACUAACUUUUGAACCCCUUGUCUGAUUUGUGCCAUUUUUGAAUAUAUUGUUCCCCUGAAUGGAUUGAUUGUGCAUAUGUAAUUUUAUGUGAAUGUGAUGUAUGGUUUUAGAGUUAUGAAAGUUGGGUAGAAAGUAUGUUUUAACUGUAUGUAUAAUUGAGUUUCCUCUCAGGAUAAGGGGAAGGAAUAUGUGGGAUGUAACUGUGAUGUGAUUGGUUGUUUUAUACCUCCCUGUGGGCGGUCCUGUAUUUGCAACACUGUAAUAAAAACCAGGCUGGGUGUGCCAGCACCUGAGAUUCUGCUUAACCCUCAAAACGAAGUGUCGUCUCGUUAUUGGGGGAAUUGGAUUGUGUGCUGACUGCCAGGAGUGUAAGCCGUUUGUAUUGCUUUUCCUGUUCGGCUGCUUCCAGGGUUCCUGUGUCUGCUGUUCGAGUGUUGGUGAAUACGUGCAGUUUGGAGUUCAGGAGGUUGGUGAUUGCAGUAGCUGCUGGUCUAUGGGAAAGGGGAUUAUCGCCUAAACCGAUUUUAUCCCCUUGUGAGAGAAACGGUCCGUUACAAUUGGUGGCAGCGGCGGGAUCAUUCCUACAACCAGAAGGACAGCUACAAGACAACACCAGUGCCUGGAUUACAAUUGAGGGCAACGUUAGUACCCGUACAGUGACCCUAUCUACAAAGGAACCAACUUCGGCAGAGCAAACAUGGCGCCCAGCUACACUCAGGAGGAGUUUGACCGAGAGCUUCAAUUGCGGCUGGCCCUCGUUACAUUUGUCCCCUCUGAGGAAUUUGUGCAGCGCGUGAGGGGACAUGUAGCAGAGUACCUGCAGGCCGUGGCAGAUCGCACCAAAGGUGUCGUCCGUCCUCCCCAGCAGCAGUGUGUAUCCCAGGGAGCCAAAGGUGCCGUCCUUCCUCCCCAGCGGCAGUGUGUGUCCCAGGGAGCCAAAGGUGUCGUCCUUCCUCCCCAGCAGCAGUGUGUAUCCCAGGGAGCCAAAGGUGCCGUCCUUCCUCCCCAGCGGCAGUGUGUACCCCAGGGAGCCAAAGGUGUCGUCCUUCCCCCCCAGCGGCAGUGUGUGUCCCAGGGAGCCGAAGGUGUCGUCCUUCCCCCCCAGCGGCAGUGUGUGUCCCAGGGAGCCAAAGGUGCCGUCCUUCCUCCCCAGCGGCAGUGUGUAUCCCAGGGAGCCAAAGGUGUCGUCCUUCCUCCCCAGCGGCAGUGUGAGUCCCAGGGAGCAGAAGGUGCCGUCCUUCCUCCCCAGCGGCAGUGUGUACCCCAGGGAGCCAAAGGUGCCGUCCUUCCUCCCCAGCAGCAGUGUGUAGCCCAGGGAGCCAAAGGUGCCGUCCUUCCUCCCCAGCGGCAGUGUGUGUCCCAGGGAGCCAAAGGUGUCGCCCUUCCUCCCCAGCAGCAGUGUGUAUCCCAGGGAGCCAAAGGUGCCGUCCUUCCUCCCCAGCGGCAGUGUGUACCCCAGGGAGCCAAAGGUGCCGUCCUUCCUCCCCAGCGGCAGUGUGUAUACCAGGGAGCUGAAGGUGCAGUCCUUCCUCCCCAGCGGCAGUGUGUACCCCAGGGAGCUGAAGGUGCAGUCCUUCCUCCCCAGCGGCAGUGUGUACCCCAGGGAGCUGAAGGUGCAGUCCUUCCCCCCCAGCGGCAGUGUGUGUCCCAGGGAGCCAAAGGUGCCGUCCUUCCUCCCCAGCGGCAGUGUGUGUCCCAGGGAGCAGAAGGUGCCGUCCUUCCUCCCCAGCGGCAGUGUGUAUCCCAGGAGCUGAAGGUACCGUCCUUCCUCCCCAGCGGCAGUGUGUACCCCAGGGAGCAGAAGGUGUUGUCCUUCCUCCCCAGCGGCAGUGUGAGUCCCAGGGAGCCAAAGGUGUCGCCCUUCCUCCCCAGCGGCAGUGUGUACCCCAGGGAGCAGAAGGUGUUGUCCUUCCUCCCCAGCGGCAGUGUGUGUCCCAGGGAGCUGAAGGUGCCGUCCUUCCUCCCCAGCGGCAGUGUGUAUCCCAGGGAGCUGAAGGUGCAAUCCUUCCUCCCCAGCGGCAGUGUGUACCCCAGGGAGCUGAAGGUGUCAGCCCCUUCCUCCCCCAGCGGCAGUGUGUGUAAAAUUCCAGGGAGCUGAAGGUGUCAGCCCCUCCCUCCCCAGCUGGGUAGUGUAGUUCUGGUGGUGAAGCGGAGACAGUCGGUCUCGCCCCCAGCAGCAGGGCAAUAUAUUAAAAGGGGGAGACAGUUGGUCCCUCCAAAGGAAGCAGAGAGUGUUCCAGGGAGAGGAAACCCAGCUAUCACCUCCCAGCAACAGGACAAAUUAUUGAAAGGGGAGACAGUCGGUCUCCCCCUUCAACAGCAGAGAGAGCGUCAUCAGGGAGAGGAGCUUGUUAUCCCCCUCUCCCAGCGUGGGCCGGAAAGUAUGUAUGGGAGAGGAGCUUGUUACCCCCUCUCCCCAGCGGCAGCUUAGCCCACCAAGGGGAGACAGUAAUCUCCACAACAGUGCAGAGGGUACAGUGGUCUCUGCACAUGCACCACCGGGGGUAGGAACAGUCGGUCCUGUCCCCCAGCAGCAGGACUGUUUAGGCAAAGGGGAGACAGUCUGUCCCCCCCUCCAGCAACCAGGCUCCAACCAGACUACUCCCGUGGUAGUGCUGGCACCAGGACCGAGUACCGCUGGUCUCUGCCCACUCCGCAACCCACCCAGUACGCUGACCAGUCACCCACACAGCCAUGGUGAGGCACCUGGACACGGACAAAGUUCUCCUCUACCCAGGUGUAGUAGCCAGUUAUUGUGGGUGGGCUGUAUUACUGAUUGUGUUUUGUGGUUGGGCUGCUGGACUAACAAGGGCACUGACCGGCAGGAGGUCAGAUACCCUGUUAGUCUGAUUGGUAAAGGGGAGAAGUGUGGCGAAACCAACCUCGCCACUGUGCACUGGAGAAGCCUGGUUGCCAGCCUCCUGCCAUCUGACUAUGGCCCCCUUUUAAAAGACUUUAUUUUUGCCUGCAGAAAAGCUGUAUUUGUGCUUUUCUGCCUGGGGUUCGGUAGAUGUGUUUGAAUGUGUUAUACCCCAGAUAGGAAUCCCAUGGAGCCCAUUUGUAUGAAACUGACUGUAAAGACUUUGGCUCCAUGGCCAUUACACUGUAUUCGUGUGGUCUGAGCGCCAUUCACUUAAUAAUGUGCGCUCAGACCUGAGCUAUCUGGGGAUAUGUGAAAUGUCUGUGUUUUAUGUAUAAAAGGUGACUUUAUGUAUUUUAAAGUGUUUUGUGUCUUUUGCAACCAUGUGCUUAAUGGAGUCUUGUGUCUGUCCUGGGAGAUAAUUGAAUUACUUAUCUCCAGGAUAGAAGACUCUGAAACUGGUUUGGGCCAGAAAGCCAUGCUUCAUUUAGUCACAAAGGACUUUUACUAACUUUUGAACCCCUUGUCUGAUUCGUGCCAUUUUUGAAUAUGUUGUUCCCCUGAAUGGAUUGAUUGUGAAUAUGUAAUUUUAUGUGAAUGUGAUGUAUGGUUUUGGAGUUAUGAAAGUUGGGUAGAAAGUAUGUUUUAACUGUAUGUAUAAUUGAGUUUUCUCUCAGGAUAAGGGGAGGGAAUAUGUGGGAUGUAACUGUGAUGUGAUUGGUUGUUUUGUAACGCCCUGUGGGCUGUACUAUGUUUGUGGAUUGGGAAUAAAAGAGACUGUAUGUGACAGUACAGAGAGUUCCUGUUUUAACCCUCAAAGUGAAGUGUCGUCUCAUUAUUGGGGGAAGGAUUCAUUGUAUGCUGUUCCAGUUUGACUGCUAGGAGAGUAAAAUAGAGGGGAAGAGUCUGCGCUGACUCAAUUGAGCAGCAACCCUGAAAGGGAAUCCCUCACAGAACCCUUAUAAGGCAAAAAGAUAAAAAAAAGGAGUUGAGGGCUGCGCUUAGCAAAGAAUAGACAAAAGAAGGUAAAAAUAAAUAAAGGUAAAAAACAAUAAGUUCAUCCACAUAUAAGAAAAAUAUAAGUUAAAACAAUCUCACUGAUGUGCAGUGAUAUAAUAUAAGUCCUCAAAUGUCACUCCGUCCUUAUGGUAGGUGGUCCAUAUAUGUGAAGACAAAAAUGAGAGAAGAAAGGCUUCCAAUGGUGAAAUAUUGUAUGUCCAAAGAGUAAUAUAUAUUCAAAGGAAAAGGUAUUUCACUCACAUUUGUUGGAGCUUUAUCCAGCUCUCGGAGAGAAGGCACUUAGUGGUUUGAUCCCCACUAUCGGAUAUACUGAACAGUUGGUCUGUCCGUCCGGUUUGAAGUUUCUUUGGUGUAGGCUAGGACCUACUCAGAUGUGCAAUAUUCGUUAUGCUGGGGAGAUAGGUCCGCCUUUCCAGUAUUGGAUGGUAGGUGUCCACGAGAUAUAUAAAACAGCAGAUAGUGCUCUCAGUUUGAACAACACAGUAAUAUGUAAAAAUCUGUUAUACUUACAAAAAUAGAGCAGACAGAUACUGCUCUAUUCCUACAGCGCUGGUGGAAUUAUCCCCACCUCAGGAUUUCUUUAGACGGGAUGCACUCCAGUGGUGGAUAAUAAAAUAAAAUAAUACAGUAAAAGUAUAAAAUAAAAUUAAAAAGAAAUAAAAAUAAAGUUUUGGAGUAAUUUAAAAUAAUUAUAUAUAGUAAAAAUAUGCCAGGAGUAAAAAAAUAAAUAAAUAAAAGAGUAUAUAGUACAAUAAAAUAAGUAGAGAAUUGGUCCUAUAUUGAAGGUAACCAAAAAAUAACUUUUAUUGACUAAAAUACACUUAUAAUAACCAUUUACGCGUUUCACCUUUAAGGUUUUUUCAAAAUGGUAAAAGAACAGUACACCUGGCAAAAGGUUGAAUAUAUAGGUUCACAAGGGUUUGAAAAUGGCGCCAAAAUUUGAUGCACCAAUCACAGAGGAAAUUACAAUCAAAAUUUAAAAUACAUAUCAAAAUAACUUUUAAACAUGAUAGAUGCUUAAAAUAUAUACAUUUGAUAAAAACGAAGCUUUGGGACGAUGUAAUUAGUUGUUGGUUCCGAUCACGUGAUCGGAACGCUGCGCGCAUGCGCAGAUCGUUUUUUCGGCGAAACACUUCCUGGUGUGAACGGAGUGCUCGGUGGCCGGCUGGUAAUGCAAAGUAUGUUGGGAAAAGAAGUCCAGCCGGUCACUGGGCACCCAUACAUGCUUUUAAACACCAGGAGUGAAAUAAUUAUUAUAAUAUAAGACCCCAAUAUGUAAUAAAUACAUAUUUAAAUGUAACCUCCACAGACUUUGUGUUUUUAUAAAAGGCACAGAACAUACAAUAGAUGCAAUAGAUGUAGACCAUAAUAUAAAAUCAUAAUAAUAAUAUAAACAUAAUUUAAAAGCACUUUUUGCUAAAAAUAAAAAUGUAAUAAAAAAUAAUGAAUAAUAAAUAAAUAUAGCAUCAGAGUAAUUAAAAAUAUAUACUUUAAAAAUUAGGGUAUGACAUAAAUUAAGGUGAGACAUGAUGGUAACACAAGAUAGGUAUAAAAUAUGAUUAAAAGACUUUCUAUAAAAAAUUAUGCAGAUCAAAAUCUGCAUUAAGUCCGUUGGGUAUUAGGGUCUGUAGCUUGUAUCUCUGUUUUACCUAAAAUAUUUUUUAUAUCUCCUCCUCUCCAGGGUAGAGAACAUUUCUUAAUUCCCGUAUAUUUUAACAUUUUGGGGUCUUUAUUGUGAAUUAAGAAAUGUUUAGAUAGAGAGUGAUUUAAAAAACCAUUCUUAAUAUUCCUACAAUGCUCACCUAAUCUUAUUUUUAAACAUCUAGUGGUCAUUCCGACGUAUUGGAAGCCACAUGGGCAUUCCAGUAAGUAAAUGACAUUUUUAGUGUUACAUGUAAUGAAUUCCUUUAUUUUAAAGGAGGUUUUGGUUUUAUUUGACAUAAAUUGUAUUAUUUUAGGUGGCAUUGUAGGAUCGGCUGUUUUGCAUGCAAUACAAUUCUUACAUUUAUAAAAACCUAGAGAUUGGGGGAAGAAAGACACACUUGGUUUAGGUUUUUUAGUAAAAUUGGUAGUUAGAAUGGAUUUCACAUUGGGGGCCCCUCUAAAAAUUAUACUCGUUUUUUUUGGAAUGAUUUUGGAGAGUUUUCCAUCAUGUUCUAGGAUAUGCCAGUGUUUAUGAAUGGUCUUCCUUAUUUCUUUACUUUUAUUGGUAUAGUUAAAAAUGAUGGGGAGAGAUAUAGAGUCAUUUUUAAUUUUUGGUUUGUACUUUAAAUUAAAAAUGACUCUAUAUCUCUCCCCAUCCGAUCACGUGAUCGGAACCAACAACUAAUUACAUCGUCCCAAAGCUUCGUUUUUAUCAAAUGUAUAUAUUUUAAGCCUAAUCAGGCUUAUAGCAAUGCAUCUAUCAUGUUUAAAAGUUAUUUUGAUAUGUAUUUUAAAUUUUGAUUGUAAUUUCCUCUGUGAUUGGUGCAUCAAAUUUUGGCGCCAUUUUCAAACCCUUGUGAACCUAUAUAUUCAACCUUUUGCCAGUUAUACUGUUCUUUUACCAUUUUGAAAAAACCUUAAAGGUGAAACGCGUAAAUGGUUAUUAUAAGUGUAUUUUAGUCAAUAAAAGUUAUUUUUUGGUUACCUUCAAUAUAGGACCAAUUCUCCACUUAUUUUAUUGUACUAUAUACUCUUUAAUUUAUUUAUUUUUUACUCCUGGCAUAUUUUUACUAUAUAUAAUUAUUUUAAAUUACUCCAAAUUUUAUUUUUAUUUCUUUUUAAUUUUAUUUUAUACUUUUACUGUAUUAUUUUAUUUUAUUAUCCACCACUGGAGUGCAUCCCGUCUAAAGAAAUCCUGAGGUGGGGAUAAUUCCACCAGCGCUGUGGGAAUAGAGCAGUAUCUGUCUGCUCUAUCUUUGUAAGUAUAACUGAUUUUUACAUAUUACUGUGUUGUUCAAACUGAGAGCACUAUCUGCUGUUUUAUAUAUCUCGUGGACACCUACCAUCCAAUACUGGAAAGGCGGACCCAUCUCCCCAGCAUAACGAAUAUUGCACAUCCGAGUAGGUCCUAGCCUACACCAAAGAAACUUCUAACCGGACGGACAGACCAACUGUUCAGUAUAUCCGAUAGUGGGGAUCAAACCACUAAGUGCCUUCUCUCCGAGAGCUGGAUAAAGCUCCAACAAAUGUGAGUGAAAUACCUUUUCCUUUGAAUAUAUAUUACUCUUUGGACAUACAAUAUUUCACCAUUGGAAGCCUUUCUUCUCCCAUUUUUUGUCUUCACAUAUAUGGACCACCCACCACAAGGACGGAGUGACAUUUGAGGACUUAUAUUAUAUCACUGCACAUCAGUGAGAUUGUUUUAACUUAUACUUUUCUUAUAUGUGGAUGAACUUAUUGUUUUUUACCUUUAUUUAUUUUUAUUUGUUUUUGUUUAUUCUUUGCUAAGCGCAGCCCUCAACUUCUUUUCUUUAUCUUUUUGCUAGGAGAGUAAACCUAUUCGUAUGGUUCCUAUUCAACUGUCUACAGCAUUCAUAUGCUUGGGAGAAUUUAUUUGUUUCUCCGGUUCGGUGAUUGUGGUGUCUGCCAGAGUGCUUGGAGUCCUCAGGAAGCGCUAGGAGCAUCCUUCAACGGAGGUACCCAGUCGGGGGUGCCAGGUGAUCCGUUACAUUAAUAGCUUGCUAGACCCUGCAAGAGCCUCCUGUAUGUGAUUAAAGUUCAAUUUAGAGAUUGAGAUACAAUUAUUUAAGGUGAAUUACAUCUGUUUGAAAGUGAAACCAGUUUUUUUUUUUUCAUGCAGGCUCUGUCAAUCAUAGCCAGGGGAGGUGUGGCUAGGGCUGCAUUAACAGAAACAAAGUGAUUUAACUCCUAAAUGACAGUGAAUUGAGCAGUGAAAUUGCAGGGGAAUGAUCUAUACACUAAAACUGCUUUAUUUAGCUACAGUAAUUUAGGUGACUAUAGUGUUCCUUUAAAUGGUUACUGUAACCCUAUAUAUAAUAUUUAUGUAUUUAGUUAGUUUAAAACACCCCACUGGGCAUUAUUAACUACGUUCCCCCUCACCCUAUAAACCUGCACAUAAAGAUUAAACUUACCUCGAAUCCAACUCUGGGCGAAGCUCCCUGCGCUGGUUUCCACCUCUCCGUCAAUGUCACUGCUGCCCGCUUGUGGUCCAAUCAAAAGCUUCUCAGAUAAAAAAAAAAUUGAUAUCAAUAUAGGGAGGCAGGAAGGGAGCGCAAGAAUGGUGAAAGAGCGCUGCCUGUAAGGGGAGAAGUUCACUGUGUCUAUUGCCAGCAUGCUCUGCACGCUGACAAUAGAUGUAUAUUUUGCACAGAUUUGACAUUAGGCAGUCCGGAAUAGAUUUCUGGUCUACCUAGUCCUGUGUGCUGGGGGUGCAACUUGCUACCAUCACAAAAGUGCAAAUAUCUUAGUAUGGCCACCGUUUCAAGCAGAAACGCUGCAAAUGCUCACUUUAAAUGUCCCCUGUCUGUGAAUUGAAUUUGUUACAAUAAAGAUCAUAAUUUGCUGUAGUUUAGUUAAGGUUACACUGACAUAUUAAUGACUAGUUUGGUCACUACUUAUUAUAAGAGAUACGGAACUUGAUACCAAAUAAAAUGGUAGGUAGAAAAGCUGAGCCGCGUCCAGACAAACCCAUCAUGCAGAGCUAUCUUAAGAGAAACUCCAACACCGAAACCACUACAGCUCAAUGUUCCAUGCCAUCCUCCCAGAGUAAGUACUCAAACCAUUUAAGAAUUGUCUGAGCUGGGCGCUUUGUGCUUAGUUCUGGCAGAGAUGUCAGACUUCUGCAGGAGAAAAACAAUGGAACACGGGUGCUCGGGAACCCAGGUAAGUUGUCAAACUGUCUGUUUUUUUAAUAAUUUUUUUAUUUUUGUUAUGCAUGAGAUGACAAUCAACUUUCAAUGCCGCAAUAUCAAUAGUAAGCAUAUCCAAAGUAGUUAACAUCCUGGUAAAAUGAAAAACUGCACUUUUUUUUUUUUUAAGUAAAAUGAGACAGAUGAGGAUAACAGGUAGCUUCACUUUUGUAUGAUAUAAAGAGAAACAAAAACAGAAAACGUAACCUAGACAGUAGCACAGUGUCAUGUAGGGAAAACAGUGAGAGCGAGACAGACAUAUGCUAUAGCGUAGAGCUCUAGAUACUGUCAAGGUGUGAGCAAAAGCCACUGGGAUGUAGGAUUGAACAAGUUACUCGGUUAUUAUGCAGUAACCAUGAAUACUAGCUGAGACAUUAGGGUCAAGUCGCAAAUUAUGGUCAUGAAUGAGACAUCCAGGCUGCAGGGGAGAUAUGUGGGUCAGUCAGUCAGUUCCUGUGGGGGUAAAGUCCCAGCCUCCACCAUCGACAGGCACUCCUGUGAGGUCCCUACACUGUGCCCAAGUACGCCAGUAGCAUAAGAGUCUCUUCAUGAGAGUGGCUUCUCUGUUUUCGUCCGAGACUUGUGUCUGCCAGCAGUGAAUCCCACUUGAGACAUAAUCCUCAGUUAUACUGUGGUGGGAGUGUGCGUGCUUGUUUGCUUGGUGACUGGGUGAGUGGCGUUGAGGGGUCUGUUCACAGCGAUGAGGUACUGACCGGGUUCGUAACAGCCUCUUGCGCCCAUUGUUCCAUGUCGCCAAGGCUGUUCCCUUCUGGGGUUUGCUGGAAGAGCUUGGUAAAAGCCCGUGCGGUCUGUGAGCAUUUCUCCAUGCCCAUGUGUGUGACAACGAAGGAGGGCUGUCCCUAUGUCUCAUCCAAAAUAGGCGGAGAGGAAGCCGGGUAGGUGACUGCUUUAUGUCUCUUCUCAGUGGAGACUUUCCCGCCCUUCGUUUCCCGUUACUUUCAGUGCUGCCCUGAAGCAAAUUAUGGGAAGCUUCACCUCUUUUUUGCAGCUUAGCCCAAAAGCUACAGAAUAUGGCGUCCAGCCUCUGCGAGACAUGCUCCGUGGGACUGCGGUGGGCUGAUAGUGGCAAGCAUCGCGCCAUUGAGGCCUCAGUAAGUGAGCUGGCCAUCUUAGGUCACCUUACUCCGCCUAGUAUUGGCUGAAAACUGCAGGUGCCACAAAGGUAGUCUGUAGCUCACCAGUGUGGACCGGUAUGACCACCAAAGGAGGCUGGUAAGACUGCAUGACAGGUGUGUAAGUGAGAGGAGCGGCCGCCUCCGCCCAAAUCCACGUUAGGUAGGCCAUGAUUCAGCGCGCUGGGCUCCUGGCAGUAACAGGCUUGAGUGGGGUGUCAAUCGAAUCACUGUAGCACCCCCGACGUGGGCAGUGCACCAUAGUAAGUUUUGAGGCUUAAUUGCUGAUGAUUUCACCCCAGUUUUGUAGCUUUAGAAAGGAGCUCACGCCGUACACGCCCGCCCAGUUCAAGGUUCAAGCUUGGCCUUUGUCAAACCAUUUUAAAUGGUCCUACUCAGGUUAGGAGCCAGGGCACUCCCGGUACCAUAACCACUAUAGCGGGCAGUACUUGUUUUGGUGCUUGAAGAGUUUCUUUAAUCCAGACUAAUUUUAGCCAGAAACAUGUGAUUCUAAGUAGAAGCAAAAUAAUCCAGACCUGCUGUCUUUAUAUUUAUCUAACCUCUGAGAGCAGCUAAUAAAUUGAUUAUAAGUUAUAUAAACAUUUUUACUUGCUAUUUCAAUUUGUAUUUACAGGACAAGACAACAGGGAGAAACCUACAUUAGUGGUCCCUCUUAUGGGUAAGAUAUAACUUACACACCAAGAUCAUUCUUUAUUGUUUACAUGAAAAUACACCUUUUUCAUCAUGCGGAAUCUCUGAAUUGAAUAUAUAUUAGACAUGUACAUUCGUUAUCAGACAAAUUGAAUUUCAAAUUCCGAAACACACAAAAUUAACCAAAACUAAAGUUUUCUGAAUGAAUUGAGUCAAAAAAUGUUUUGGAUCCAUUUGUUUUCAUAAGGAUAGCAAUUAGGGACUUACCUAUUAAGCAACGAAAACAGAAAAAUUAAAAGGACUUUUUUUUUCUUCUUAAUUGUAAACUGACAGCUGUUCGGAUCUCUAAUUUGGUAUCCUUAUGUGGAAUCUCCAUAAUUAAUGGUAUCACGUUAGUGACUUACCUUCUAAGCAACUUAUUUUUGAUCUUUCAGCUGUUUAGUAGAUAGCUUUUUAAUUUGGUACCCUACGCUUAUGUGCGAUUGUCAUAAUUAAGGGCACCAAAUUAGGGACUUAUCUAUUAAGCAACAGAAAGAGCAAAGUUAAGAAAAAUGGCUUUUUUUAUUUUAACCAAUUGGGGCAAAUUACCGAUAACUGUUGCCGAUAUUCUGGACAUACAUUUUUUUUAAAGAGCAACACAAUUUCUACAACUCUUACUAUCUUAUGUAUUUUUCAUACACUUGAAAAUUGUGACAAUAAGGUGGAGAUUAAGGCAAGUUACACUUACAGUGUAGGAAAAAUACAUACGACAAAUAUUCUCUACUUUGUGUUACUUUUAAAGAAAAAUAAAUCAGAAAUGAAGAAAAGAAGAACAGAUUCUGAAAGAGGAAGAGAACAAGAACCAAUAGGAGAAAGGUAAGUUUGAGGUGACUGAACCGCUCCACGUUGACAGCACUGACACUAAAGUCACUCUCAGGCAGCCAGGGGACAUAGGCAAAAUCAAUCACAAACAUACUAGUAGUGAUAAUAUUUGUCUAGUUAGGCCUAAGGCAUUGCAAAUCAAACAUUAAUUCAACAUAACUGCCUAUUUAGUGAGUAAAUCCAUCAUAUUUUGUGCUUUAAUUAACAUAUUGUUCUCAUUUCAUUAAUAUAGAGUCUCCUCCAGAGGUUGAAGAAGUGACAGUACCCGACCAGUUACAGUGUAAUCGACCGACCAAACUGAAGUGUAAGAUCUCAAAGAUCUCAGAGUACUACCUUGAAAGUCUGACUGUGACAUGGCUAAAUCAGAAUCAAGGAGGUCUCCAUAUUGUGCAUUGCAAUGAGAGAUUCCAGAUCCCAGAUCUCAGACAUGAGAGACAGCCGGAUAAUACGUACAGCUGUACAGCAUGUCUGAAUAUCUUUCCAUUACGGAGCUCAGAGCAAGGAGCACAAUUCAUCUUCAGAGUGGAACAUCCCAGCCUGGAGCAACCAAUAGAGAGACGGACUAAACCCUUACAAGUGACGGGUGAGUUAGCCAGGAGUCAGAAUGUGGUCUUUCAAUUUGCUACAGUUUAGUAACAAAGUGCACUAGGCCAAUGAUUUUCUUGGGGGGGACUCGGAUUCUGUGAUAAUGUCGGGAAAUUAACCAAGAAUAGCUUAUCUGUUCAAAUUUUGAAUGUUCUGCAGCCACCAAAGGCGUUCUUCUUUGGUGUCUGGAGUGAGAGGUGUUUCAUCCAAAUACCCUAGGCUGAUUCUCAAAUGUUGGUGUUUGAGUGUUUAAAGGGCACUAUAGUGGAGUGGAGCAGGGAAAAUUGAUUUAAAUGAGAGUGAGAGCAAGCCGACAAUACGUGCCAUGGAACAGAUAGAGUUCGAACUCUUGUUGAGCAUUGAGUUCAUUUCUCUUUGAAUAGUUUUCAUUUUUUGUGAGUGUUGCUUCUCGAGAAUUGACUAGAAAACCGAGAUAUUCUACUUCGUAAAUUGGGGUAAAGAGUGCUUUCUUCUUGUUGAAUAUGAAUCCAAAUGAGGUCAGUUAGGAAAUUGUCCAAUGGACAUGAGUUUGAAUCAUGUGUAUAGAUUGAGACAUCAGUAAGAUAUCAACUAGGUAGACCACAAGUCUCACUCCUCUGCUUCUUAAUAGAGAAAUAACUGGUUUCUGAAGCUUGGAGCGGAGGACAAUCCUAAGGGUAUGCCGGUAAAUUGCCAUUUUCUAUUCACCCAGAAACAUUUAAAGAAAAGGUUAAUAAUGUUUGUGAAUGGGGACUGUUAGGUCUGUUAAGGAACUGGAAUUACAGCCCAUUUUGAAAUGAGUUCUGAUAUUUCUAAAUGGAUUAGUCGUUGGUCAUUUUUGGAAAACAUUAUUGGAUUGGGAACCAACAUUUGUGGUGGAUGGGAAAUUAAUUCUAUCUCAUUACCUGUUCCGGCAUUGAGAACCCAAUGUUUAGUUACUGUACAGCUACUAUUUGGAGAUACUUUCUGACAAAGUGUAUGUUUGAAAGCUGAGUUAACUUGGGAGAAAUAAAUCUGCAUAUGAACCAGCUGAUCACCAGUUGGGAUGUCAAUCUCGUGAGACGUGCAAAAACCACAUCACACAUGGGAAUUGAAACAAAGAGUUGAACAGGAGCGAUGGUUAGCCUGUUUAAAAUGCCCAUCGCACACGACACAAGUGAAAAGAGGAAGGAGUGCAAAAAGCAGACUCCAACGGACAGAGCUUCAGUGAAAUAGAAUUGAGGAAUCACCUGAGGAAAGUGCACCUAAAUAGGGGCAUAAAAAGUGAUAUUGUAUAUGAUUCAAUCAAUGCAAAUUGAGUAAUACAGAUCUCAUCUAAUAUGAAUUAACAAUACAGAUAUAAGUACUUAACUGUCCGGGUGAACAGCAAAGAAAGAGGGGUCAUGCUCUUUAUUAGGUAUGAUCCAUGCUGAUUGGCUACUGACGUCCUAUUGCUAAAUCCGCACUGUCAUGUCUCAUCUAAUUGAGAGUUCUCCCCCUUUCCAUCCUGCAGCGUUUUUACUCCACCAUACCAAAUGGUGAAUCUCUAGCUAUACUUGUUUUUUUUAUCAAACACCUAUGAAACACUGUUAAAGGACCACUAUAGUGCCAGGAAAACAUACUCAUUUUCCUGGCACUAUAGUGCCCUGAGGGUGCCCCCACCCUCAGGGUCCCCCUCCCGCUGGGCUCUAGGGGGUGGAUGGGGUUAAACUUACCUCUUUCUCCAGCGCCGGGCAAGGAGCUCUCCUCCUCCUUUCGGCCUCCUCUCCUCCUCUGCGGCUGAAUGCGCAUGCGCGGCAGGAGCCGCGCGCGCAUUCAGCCAGUCCAUAGGAAAGCAUUCACAAUGCUUUCCUAUGGACGCUGACGUCUUCUCACUGGGAUUUUCACAGUGAGAAGCACGCAAGCACCUCUAGCGGCUGUCAAUGAGACAGCCACCAGAGGCUGGAUUAACCCAUUUAUAAACAUAGCAGUUUCUCUGAACUGCUAUGUUUAUAGAAAAAAGGGUUAAACCUAGCUGGACCAGGCACCCAGACAACCUCAUUAAGCUGAAGUGGUCUGGGUACCUAUAGUGGUCCUUUAAGACCUUGAUCCUGAUCCCUUCCUUCCCCUCUCCCUUUCCGUCUACCCUCUCAUUUCUUUUUUCCAAUGCCUUCACCUUGCUUAGAAAUUCCUUCCAAUUUCUUCCUAUUCUCUCCUUAUCCUUGGUAACCUAAGGCAGUUUACACUCCUCAGUGAUUUUGCCUAAGCGUAGACCUUGUUUCCAUUAUUGCGCUAAUUCAAUAUUUCACUAAUGCCAUACACUCUGUUGCACAAUGCCCUUUCUUACUCUAUCUCCUGUGUGAGAAAUCUUCUUUGACUGUUUCUAUUUCUUUAAUGUUUAUUUUUUUAAAUAUUUGCCAAAUAAAGAAUGAAAAAAAAAAUACAAAAAUAUCAACAGCAGAAAGCAGGACACUCGUAAUCCCAGGGGAGUGAGGUGGCAGACUGGCAGUCCGUUUUUCUUUCCUCUCAGAAAUAUAUUAGAAAGGUAUUUUGUUGUUCUAAUACAUUUUUAGAAGGUCAAGUUUCUGUUAAAAUGUUAUAUAACAAAACCAAAUAAAUAAAUAAAUUGCAGUGCUUAACAGGGCAAAGGACUGCAGUCCUACUCAUCACAACAACCCCUAAAAGGUAGGCAGACAAUGUAAUAGAGCAGCAGGAAAUGCUAGCAGAAUGCUUGGUUGUAUAGGGAGAGGUAUUAGCAGUAGAAAGAGGGAAGUGCUCAUGCCAUUGUACAGAACACUGGUGAGACCUCACUUGGAGUAUUGUACACAGUACUGGAGACCGUAUCUUCAGAAGGAUAUUGAUACUUAGAGAGGGUUCAGAGAAGGGCUACUAAACUGGUUCAUGGAUUGCGGGAUAAAACUUACCAGGAAAGGUUAAAGGAUCUUAACAUGUAUAGCUUGGAGGAAAGACGAGACAGGGGGGAUAUGAUAGAAACAUUUAAAUAUAUAAAGGGAAUCAACACAGUAAAGGAGGAGACUAUAUUUAAAAGAAGAAAAACUACCACAACAAGAGGACAUAGUCUUAAAUUAGAGGGACAAAGGUUUAAAAAUAAUAUCAGGAAGUAUUACUUUACUGAGAGGGUAGUGGAUGCAUGGAAUAGCCUUCCAGCUGAAGUGGUAGAGGUUAACACAGUAAAGGAGUUUAAGCAUGCGUGGGAUAGCAUAAGGCUAUCCUAACUAUAAGAUAAGGCCAGGGACUAAUGAAAGUAUUUAGAAAAUUGGGCAGACUAGAUGGGUCGAAUGGUUCUUAUGUGCCGGCACUGCAGUGUCUCUCAAAAUAGUGGCACUAUCAUUAUGGCUACUAAAUUAUUGUUAUCGUUCAUUUUGGAGUUUGUCCAAAAACUACUGCAAAUGUCUACUUGUGGGAAGUCACUGGUCCUACAAUUGGGGAAUUACUGGUCCUACAAGUUAUGUAGUUAUAUGUCUGCUUCCUCCUGUUUGGAUAGUUGUAUGUCUAGUAUACUGAUAAUGGGGGUUUGGUUCAAAACCAUUUAUUAUUAUAACAAGACACAUUUAAUUUGUGUUUCUACAAAUUUGCGAUGUUAGUGGAAAUAUCUAACUGAAAUUGCAUUUUAAGAUGGAUGGCCAAAUAAAUUCUAACAGAUAUUUUAACUUUUUUAUUUUUCAGAUGGCAAUAGAGAAGGAAUUGAAGGAUGGGCAGGUGGAAACAGCUAUCCCGAAACCGUGUUUUAA